ACUCAUCAUGUCUGACUACUCUCCCUCCUCCACCUCCUACAAGACACCCGCCACCUCCCCUUCGGAGACCCUCUACAACACAGAAAACCGGAUCCGCUUCGCCCCCCGCGGCACGAAGAGCUCUAUCACCGACGACAUCGUCGUCCUUGACCCGCGCAACCUAGAGGCUCGCCUCGACAAGGCGACUGCCGAGAACCUUGCGCUCGACAGCGAGGCCGCUCUCCUCCGUUAUGAGAUGGAAGAUAUUUUUAGUUUGCGGGAGGAGGACUUGGAGAGAGAUCAGCGGCGUCACAACCGGGCCUUGCUCCUCUGUGUUUUGGCUGUUUUUGCGGGGUUUCUCUGGUCUUGGGUCUUUCAACGUGGUGCCAAUGAGGUCUUUGAGCUCUUCGACAGCGACCUUUCCUAA